AUGAGGGCUCCUCCCAGCUUGCCAACUACGAGUGGCAGUGUGAGCCAACAACCGCUGGGUGCUCCUAUGGACCUUGGAGAUAUGGAGAAGAAAGUCUCCUUUGCCCCUGACAACUACGUCUUUGCCCCUAUGGAGGGGCUUGACCAAUUCAAAUUUACUGCCCUCAGCCCACGAAGUGUGUCGAGCUUCUUUACCUCUCAUACCUGGAGUCCUGCCAAACCCCAGUUGCGAAGCAACGCUGAAUCUCCCGCAACAGUGCGUUAUGUAACAAGAUCGCAAAAGAAUAUUUUGAAACCAGAGGUUGAGUCGAAUCUGCCUGAGGCACAAACUGAAGAUCCUGCUAGGCCUGCUUUUGAAGUGCCUGUGGAAAACACACCACAAGAAUCUUUUGGGUGUUCUCAACCUGACGGCAGUGGACCCGUACAUGAUGUGGCUUAUUUCAGAGGAGUCAUCACAUUGGAGACUGAGAAAUUGACUCUGCUUUGUCAGCAGUGGGAUGGAUGGGAAAACUCUGACGUGGUUCCAGAUAGUGUUAAGGACCUGCUUCGUACAACUGUGGGACAGGCACGUCUCCUUAUGGCUGAACGAUUCAAACAAUUCAGAGGUCUUGUCGACAACUGCGAGUUCAAGACUAGUGAAAAGGAAGUCACCUCUGCAGAUCUGGAAGGGUUUUGGGACAUGGUCUACUUCCAGGUUGAAAGUGUCAACAAUAAGUUUCAGAGAUUGAAAAAGAUUCAAGAAAAUAACUGGGAGGAGCCCUCAUUGCCCAAAAGAGUGGUCAAGAAAAAGGCUGUCAGGUCAAAACCAGAGGAAGUAAUGAAACCAAGUGCAGCAGCAACGAGCCGCUUUGCAGCUAUGAAGGCAGCUCUGAAGGCCAAAAUGAAGCAGGAAAUUGCUGACUCCAGCAACAAAGAAGCUCAAAGUGAUGCCAUUGUGUUUGACGCAGGUUUCUUCAGAGUGGAGAGUCCUGCAAAAUACUUCACCGUGACUCCUAAAGCAUGUCCACCAAGGCAAAGAUCCAAAGGCCAAUGCAGUGCCACCAGGUUGAGUGUCCGUUCAGCUAUUCCUGCAUCUCCUGUGCCGUUUGUCACAAAGAGUACAAACCUCAUUAGUUCCAUGGAUGGAGAGGGCACUGCACAGCAAAGUACUUGUUCUGGAAAGAGCACAAAACGGGUAGAUUUUGAGCAGUAUCUCCAGCCCAGUUUGAGUGCUCUCGACCAGCCAGAAGCAAUGCAGUCUUCAUUCCAUAAUGGUGUCAAGUCUUCUAAUGGAAGGCAAAAAGUAAACGGGGGCUGCGACAAAGCUGGUCAGGGAGGACCGCGAAGCAGCGGACAGCCAGCAAAGCAGCCGCCGGCACAACAUCACCCGCAGUGGGAUCAGCUGUGCCCUGUGUAG